UAAAGUUCAGUUUGUUCACGUGAGGACAGAGAGCACCAAGAUGGCGGCGGGAGCGGAGCCCUCCUUCUCGCUUGGCAGUGGGACCCUCCAGGUGCCGAUGGCCCUCUUUGCUUUGAACAGACGCCGGCUAUGUGAACAGUUACGACGGAACACACAGGUGCCAAAGAAAGCGGUGGUGGUGUUGCAGGGGGGAGAUCAGACUCAGCGAUACUGCACUGAUACUGAUAUCGUCUUCCGUCAGGAAUCUUACUUCCACUGGACGUUUGGAGUGACCGAGGGAGACUGCUAUGGUGCUGUGGACGUCGCUACUGGCAAGUCACUGCUGUUUGUGCCCAAGCUCCCAGAGAGUUACGCUGUGUGGAUGGGGACGAUUCAGUCCUGUGACUACUUCAAAAAGAAAUAUGCUGUGGAUGAAGUUCACUACGCUCCUGAUGUGGCUGAGGUGCUGAAGAAGAUGCAGCCAGAUGUGCUCCUUACCCUGCGUGGCAUGAACACAGAUAGUGGGCACACCACUCGAGAAGCCUCCUUUAUUGGAAUCAGUCAGUUUAAUGUGAACAACACUCUGCUUCAUCCUGUAAUCAUGGAAUGCCGUGUGAUAAAGACAGACAUGGAACUGGAGCUAAUGCGCUACACUAACCGCAUCUCCAGCGACGCACAUAAGGAGAUAAUGAAAGCUGUGCGAGUGGGAAUGAAGGAAUAUGCGUUGGAAAGCUUGUUUCAACAUUAUUGCUACACUCGCGGAGGGAUGCGUCACGCUUCCUACACGUGCAUCUGUGGCAGUGGGAUUAAUUCUUCUGUCCUGCACUAUGGACACGCAGGUGCUCCGAAUGACAAGAUCAUAAGGGAUGGAGACAUGUGCCUCUUCGAUAUGGGCGGUGAAUAUUAUUGUUACGGCUCUGACAUCAGCUGCUCAUUCCCAGCCAAUGGCAGGUUCACUCCUGACCAGCGAGAUAUCUACCAGGCGGUUUUGAAAGCGUCACGGGCAGUGAUGGAUGCCAUCAGACCAGGGGUUGCUUGGCCUGACAUGCAUCGCCUCGCUGACAGAGUACAGCUGGAAGAGUUGACAAGGAUUGGCAUUCUCCAAGGCAAUGUGGCAGACAUGAUGAAAGUCUAUUUAGGAGCGAUAUUCAUGCCCCAUGGUCUGGGUCAUCUGCUGGGAUGUGACGUACAUGAUGUUGGUGGCUAUCCAGAGGGUGUCGAGCGUAUUGAUGAGCCAGGACUCCGGAGCCUUCGUACCACACGGACCCUGCUUCAGGGGAUGGUGCUGACCAUCGAGCCAGGAAUCUACUUCAUCGACUGUCUCUUGGACCAGGCUCUUGCAGAUCCAGCCCAGGCUGCUUUCAUCAAUAAGAAUGUCCUGGCUCGAUUCCGAGGGUUUGGUGGCGUCCGUGUUGAGGAUGAUAUUGCAGUGACUGCCAGUGGGAUGGAGCUGCUGACUUGUGUGCCUCGCACCAUCGAGGAGAUUGAGGCCUUCAUGGCAGGAGAUUCUGGUUCCACCAAGCAGUUUGGCCAACUUUCCGGCCAGGAAGCCUGAGGGCCAGGCUGUCCUGUGACUGCUUUACUCUGUCCUGUGUCUGAGCGGUUCCAUGAUCACAAUCUCAAAAUGAAUCAAGCUUUGUGCUCGCUAAUUAUACACAAAUAAUGAUACAAAAAUCCGAAACCUUCCACUGUCUGCCAACAAACCGAAUUCAGUGGUGGAGACAGUGAGUGAAAUCUCAGCUCAAGGGGAGGCUGGAUUCAUCAACAUAAUACACUUCAAAAUGCAUAAACAUGUACACGCUUACACACACAGUCACACAAGCACAUCCACAUGUAUACACAGACACAUGCAAUUAUGCACACACACACACACACACACACACACGUACACGAAUGUGUACACAUGCACACACACACCGAUAAACAGACAUGUAUACACAUGCGAACACUCCCAUGCACAAAGAAUGGCUGGUUGAUUGGGAGUGAGUGUAGUCUGUGUUAAGUAGGCAGUCAGACUCCAGCUCUCCACUCAUCGUGUCAGUCAGAUACAGCUUGCUUGCCACCUUUGCCUCAUAGAUUCUGCAGUGGGGAGGCUGUGAGCCUAAGUCCUUCACAUUCACUCACUUCUCUCCAUCCAGUACAUCAAACACCAGCAAUCACUGCCUGUGCCUGUACACCCAGUAACAACACAAUCCACAAAGGGGUAAAAUCUGAGCUAGUGCCCAAGGGGCCACAGGGAGAGGGGACGGGGAUGGGACACA